UACCUUCUGGUCUUCAGAAACUUCAGCAUGCAACUGUGCUAUAGGCACCUCAGUGUGCCCCUCUUCACAGCACAAACAGCUACGUUUGGAAAUGGAUUUGGAGGAGACAUGCAAAGAGGGGGAGAGCACAGAGGGGAAAAUCACUCGAGCUGCAGCUGCAAAGUUGGUGAAAAAAGCUUUUCUUGAAGCCCUGAAGUCCAAUGACUUUGAAACACUGGAAGAGCUCUUGAGCCAAAAGAAAAUAGACGUGGACACAGUGUUUGAAGUGGAAGAUGAAAACCUGAUUCUGGCAUCCUACAAACAAGGGUACUGGCUUCCCAGCUACAAAUUAAAAAUAUCCUGGGCAACUGGACUUCAUAUAGCUGUCAUGUAUGGACAUCUGGAGAGUCUUUCGGUCCUCCUCAAUCACAAAGCCACAAUCAACUGCCGGCCCAAUGGAAAAGCUGCGAUCCACAUAGCCUGCGAAACGGCAAAUGUUGAGUGUCUCAAGAUCCUUUGCAACCACGGGGCGAAGCUGAACUGCUUUUCAAUGAGCGGGCAGGCGCCCCUGCACUUCUGUACGACACGAACCUCCAUGCCUUGUGCCCAGCAGCUGCUUUGGAGAGGAGCAAGUGUGAACAUCAGAACAAACAACAAAGACGAGGAGACUCCUCUGCAUGUCGUUGCACGUCUGGGCGUCCCAGAGCUCGUGGCCUUUUACGUGGAACAGGGAGCACAGGUAGAUGCUCUCAAUGCCUACAUGGAGACUCCCCUGGCCUGUGCAGCCUACUGGGCCCUUCACUAUAAGGAUCAGAUAUACAGCCAGGACCACCACCUCAUCUGUCGGAUGCUCCUAGACUAUAAAGCUGAAGUGAAUGCUCGUGAUGAGGAUUUCAAAUCACCACUCCACAAAGCUGCCUGGAACUGUGAUCACGUCCUGCUGCACAUGCUGCUGGAGGCAGGAGCAGAAGCAAACAUCAUGGAUGUCAAUGGCUGUGCACCCUUACAGUAUAUCAUAAAAGUGACAUCUGUGCGGCCAGCUGCUCAGCCAGACAUCUGCUACCAGCUGCUGCUGAAUCAUGGAGCAGCUAGGAUAUACCCUCUGCAAUUCCACAAGGUGCUGCAAGCCUGUCAUUCCCACCCCAGAGCUGUGGAGGUAGUCGUCAACUCCUACGAACACAUCAAAUCGACAUCUAAGUGGAAAGCAGCCAUACCUGAGGAUGUCUUGGAGCGGCACCAGGAUUUCUAUGACUCUUUGUUCACUGUGUGCAGCAAUUCACCGCGGUCACUGAUGCACUUAUGCAGAUGUGCUAUUCGGGCAAUAUUGUCAGAAAGGUGCCAUCGAGAAGUCCCCUUGCUCUCCAUCCCUCUGUCCAUGAAGAAGUACUUGCUGCUGGAACCAGAAGGAAUCAUCUACUGAGCCACCACGGAGCAGGCACUGGCAUCUCCCUUCCUGGAUCCAUAUUCCUCUGUGGGGUGCCAGAGAUCCAGGCGCAAUCCUGACACAGCCCUGCGUGUGUGUCCAUUGGCUGGCCAGCCGGCAAGCUGGGCUGGCAUUUACUGGCUCUCCUCGGAGCUGCUUUCUUUCCCUACACUGAGACACCACAGCUGCAGGCUGCACUUUGCGCUGGGGAGGCAGAGCUGGAAAAGCUCCUGCUCCAAACACACCCAGGAUAAGCACUGCUUUAUUCAGCCUAGCUUAAACAAUGCUGCUGCUUCCUUCAGUACUCAUACCACUGCCUGCUAGAUAGCAUUAGGUUAAAUCUGAGCAACCCUUGAUUUUGUUUCACUAUGACUUUCUUCAGCUCUCAUUUUGGGAAUAAAAGAAAGGAUACUGUCAAAAAAUAAGUCACAGAAAUGCUUUCCCAGAAUGAAAUAGGGAAACUGCUUUGGUUUGUGACCACAGACAGGCCUUCAGUAGUUUCUGUGUUUUUCUGUGCACUGACUCGCAAUUCAGUGUUAGUUCACUAACACUACCUGUCUGAUUCUUAUAAAGCUUUGUCAUAAUGAUCCUU